GGUAUAGCCGCCAUUGGAUAUUUUGCACCAACUGCAAAGUUCUAUGGUCCCUUUCGCUUCGGGUAUUUACAAUGCUCGGAUCAGAUCUCUCGAUUUUAUAAACUCCUCGACUGGUGGUGCUGUGUUGCACUCUUCCUAUUUCCUUACCUGACAUCUUUCCAUCCGGAUAUUUUCUACUUAAUGGUCCUGCCAAUUCUUAGUCUCAGUCUCAUGGCUAUGUUAGUAGCUGCCCAGGCAAAGGUCCGCGAGUGCGAUAACGCUCGAAAGCAAGAUAUAUCUGCACGUGCUAUUGCUGAAAAAUACGCAAAAGCUGCGAGCGACGCGGUAGUGAGCAUCGAUAUAAAUUUGAAAGUAUCUCUAGAUGAGUCUCUAGCAGUAGUGGCUGCGGCAGAGAGGGCACGAAUAUUCGCGGAUCAAGCUAUCACUUCUGCUACGUAUGGGGAGAUGGCGACAGCGAUAGAAACCGCAGCUUCUGUAAGAACGGAGGCUUCCGCUGCUGAGCUUUCGGCAGAGAGAAGUCGAAGAGCCAUGGAUACAUCCCGGGCAAUCCUUCUCGGAUGGCUACAAGGAAAGUAAAUUUGGAAAUCGGGAGGGGAUUCUUUUGUACGUAUACAGUUACGAUUGGGAAUAAUACCGGAUAGAGGUCAGGCAGUUAUCGACAUAGUGUCCGAGGCUAGUCGUAUUGAAUUGUAAAUAACUUAUAUGGGUAGAAUUUGUCUGAAUCGUUUGAAACCGAUAUCAUCAGGUUUCAUCAGAUCAAUCAUGGUGCCGUGAUUGAUUGAAUGAUGAUCUGAUUUGUCGAGCACGUGAUUCAAUAUCAAUCCUCAAAAAUUUUACCGAUACUUA